AUGGCAGGAAAGGGUGCGCGUGGUCUCACCGAGGCCUUCAGGGCUCUGAGUGUAUCAUCACAGACAUGUAGCCAGGCUGCGUCGCAUCGGCUACCCUCACUCACGAGGUCCAUGGCCACAGAGGCGCCUCUACCCCAAGCCGCCACCCCAGUCGACAGUCGUUCUGCCUCGAACCUUUGGCACGCACAGCCCACGGUCCCCCUGACCAUCUUCUCCUUCCCGUCCUACGAGCCCCAGCGCCUCGAGUCCUGGUCCUCCAAGCACCUGAACCUGCCCCUGCGCCGCGACAUCCUGCACCUGGCCGUCGUCUACGAGGGCGACAACACACGCCAGGGCACCGCCUCCGCCAAGACCCGCUAUGAGGUCCGCGGUUCCGGACGCAAGCUCUACGCGCAGAAGGGUCUGGGCCGCGCCCGUGUGGGCGAUGCCCGGUCGCCCCUGAGGAGAGGUGGUGGAAAGACGUUCGGUCCCAAGCCCCGCGACUUCGGCACCAAGCUCAACAGGAAGGUCUACGAUCUCGCCUGGCGGACGGCGCUGUCCUACAGAUACCGACGUGGCGAGCUGGUCGUCUGUCAGGAUGGGAUGGAGCUGCCGCUGCCUGCCGAGUUCGAGCAGCUCAUUCUCAACCGCCAGAUUAGAGACGAAGAAUUGAUCGAUGGCUUUAAGGUUCGCUGGAUGCGGCAGGUGAUGGAGCGCAACGAGUGGGGAAAGCAGAACGGUAGAAGCACAAUUAUCACAAACUCUUGGAGGGACGACCUGUUCGCGGCAAUGGACUUGAUCCCCAACUACGGCCGCGCGCUGGACGUGGACGAUGUGGAUGUAAAGGACUUGCUGGAGACUGGGAGGUUGGUCGUCGAGAGGAGCGCGCUUCAGGAGAUGAUCGAGAGGCAUUCGAGCGAUUUGGCGUCGAGUGUGUAUAUGGGAGGCUCGAUCGUCGGAUCCAAGUCGCCAGAGAGCGGCAAGAUCAUCGUCGAGUAG